CCUAGGAAAUCGUAUAAAUGCUUUCGAGAGACCCUUACAGCUCGAUCCCUUCUAGUCUUCAUCAAUUCAAUACGUUGACUUUAGAUUGAGGAAAACUUUGACUUGAGCUGCGACAAACUUCGCUAUUUGACAUCAGGAUGGAUCUUAAUGGAAAGAAUGUCUUGCUAACAGGCGCCUCUAUGGGAAUCGGCGAAGCGAUCGCCACCACGCUCGCUGCCAAGGGUGCGAAUUUAAUCCUCAUAUCCAGAUCCGAAGAGAAACUCAGCACUGUUGCGAAGAGCGUGUCUAAUUCCAACCCGAACAUCAAGGUCAUCUAUCGGGCGGCUGAUAUUGGAGUUUCUGACGUGGUCGACAAGGCGAUCAGCUCAGCCAUCGAGGAGGUCGGUGAUAUUGACAUCCUCAUCAACAACGCCGGUCUCGCCUUGGGUGCUCCUGCAAGGUUCCCAGACCUCAAGAUCGAGGACAUCAUCACCAUGUCCAACACCAACAUCAACGGAACCAUGUUCGUGACACACUCGGUACUCAACAGGUCCAUGAUGAAGCACAAGCCCGGAAAGGGCACAAUCCUUAACGUCACCUCCGUCACGGCGCAUGAAGUCCCCCCGUUCCCGGGCGAGGCAGUCUACCACGCGAGCAAAGCCUUCCAAGAGGGCUUCACCAACUCUCUUCGCAACGAACUAGUGGAAACAGAUAUCAAGGUGCUAGCAAUUAGGCCUGGGGUCGUCGCGACUCACUUUCACACGCAGCGGGUGGGAUUCGAUCAGGAGCAGUACGACUCUUUCGUGGAGGGAUACGAUCCGCUUAUGUCUGAGGAUGUUGCGCAGGCGGCGGUCUACAUGCUAGAACAACCGGACAAUGUCUCCAUUAAGGCUCUUGAUGUCGUGCCAACAGCUCAACGUUCGCUCACGGUAUUCGAUCGAUCAUGGAAUCAGCGUAGUCAUGAAUGAAUCCGUACUCUACUGCUCCAGAAUAAAUUAUGUACUCUGAAGUUACAGCCAUGGGUGGGAGGUGACAGGUUGGGAAUAUUCCGAAAUGGGGAGAUGGCGAACUUGUUUCUAUCGACUUACUGGAACCACCUAUCUCUUCUGCAUGAGAAUUGAUUGUGCGCUCUUCGUGAACCUAGUUACUUUUGGUUUAGUAGUCCCAGCGACACUAAGUACUUAGUUGCCAUGUCAAAUUUCCGCCCCAUGCAGAUUGAUGUGCCAAACAGAAGUCCCUAGUCUGAGUCGCCUUCGUGUUCGUAUGUCCAGAGCUUUGAUUGGUAAAUCAACGACCUUAUGAAGACC